AUGCCUGAAUUUCCCGCCCACGGCUCCCCAGGCUUCACGCCUCUUGCGGCUCCCCGCCCCCGCCAUGCUCCCUCUGACUUGAACCUCGAUGCCGACGACUUCUCCUCCGCUGCUCCGCCUCUCGUCAGCCCGGCGCUUACACCUCCGCGCUCGCCCUUCACUGAUAACAUUCGUCGUGACCGACUGCCCAAGAGCAUCCCCGUCGAGGCUGUCGAACAGCCUGUCGCGGACUCCAAUACUCCCAAAGUCCUCGAAAAGCUGCCGCACGUCCAAUGCGAAGUACGAGCACGAAUCCCGACCACAACAGGCCAGGAGAUGUUCCUUCACCUUUACACCAACGACGCCGAUAACAAAGAACACCUCGCUAUUGUCUUUGGGCCACAUAUUCGCAGUCGAAGUCUCGAUGCUCCACGACCGGGCGAAACCGAACGGGACCGUAUGAUCCGCGGUGCAUACACGGGCACUCUCUAUCCUGGUCGCACACAUUCCCGACUUGACGCCAUCCGUCACGAUGCCGGUGUUGUCACUCCUCGCUCACGCUCCAGCUCGUCCGCCGCCGACCCUGCGACCCUCACCCCACCCACCUCCGAAUCCGACUGGUCCUAUUCUCCCUCCUAUCCCUCCGAACUCGGGCCUCCUUUGGUCCGAAUCCACUCUGAAUGCUAUACUGGUGAAACAGUCUGGUCCGCGCGAUGCGAUUGCGGCGAACAACUCGACGAAGCCGCACGAUUGAUGUCCUUACCCGCCGCGACGCCCGACGCUUCCUCCACAAAUCUCAAACAACUGCACAAUCUCCCUUCGUCCGGCGGCGUAAUCGUCUACCUCCGACAAGAAGGUCGCGGAAUCGGUCUCGGUGAGAAACUAAAAGCGUACAAUCUGCAAGAUCUGGGACACGAUACAAUGGAAGCGAAUGUUUUGCUACGGCAUCCAGGAGAUGCGCGAUCAUAUGGGCUGGCGACAGCCAUGCUAUUAGAUCUCGGGUUGGGAGGUGAUCGAGGGAUCAGGUUAUUGACGAAUAAUCCGGAGAAGGUUAGGGCUGUGGAGGGUCCGGAGAAGCAGGUUAGAGUGGUGGAGAGAGUGCCGAUGAUUCCGUUGGCGUGGAGUUCAGGUGGAGAGAAGGGUGUGCAAGGGCCGGAGGUGGAAAGGUAUAUCUCGACGAAGAUUGAGAAGUUUAAGCAUAUGUUCUCGAGUUCAUGA